UAACUUGGGAUUUAUUCACGUUGGGGAAAACGUAGCGUGCGUGGACUCCGAAUUACAAAGCCCACCACCUCUUUAUAGUGUAGUGUAGUGUAAUAAAAUAAUCGGUGCACACAGCACAAUCGUCACAAAUCGUAUGUGCCGUCGCGAUAUAAGGUUGCGCUUGGAUCAUCAAACGUCCAGAAAAAUACGUCUCAUCGCGCUUCCUUUGCGAGAGAAAAUUUCAGAGCUUGGUAGUACUUACUUAUUGUGUAUAUAGGCUCACUCGCUGUGUGUAAAAUCGUGCGAGUAUACGACUAUAUAGAUAUAAUAACUCGACAGAAGAGAAGAGAGAGAGAGAGAGAGAGAGAGAGAGAGAGAGAGCACGCGCCCAGUGUCCGUGUGAGUGUUGGUGAAAAAAGAACCCUGGGCGAGGAGUCGGAGGAGAGUGGAAGAGAAGGUAGAGGUUAAAAAACGCACCUCUCGGAGUUGCGCGUGUUCCUGAGGUUUAUUGUCCACGGUCGCAAGACUCGUGAGGUUAGGAGAAAGGAAAGAUUCAGGUUCACUAAAGAGGAGAACAGCUGUGUGCUGCAGGAGUCAAGGGAAGGUUAGGUGUCGAGGAAAGCAUCCAUCACAAAGCAGCCAGGAUCUCCAAGCCCAGCGGCUGGGCAAUGAGCUCAUAUGUCCAGGUUGGGUAGAAACUCCCAGGUUCUGGCUACUGACUACAGCCACCAUCAUCAGCAACAGCAGCAGUCCUCCUGUGUUAAAAUUGCCAAGCGACCAAGGAUCCACAACUCCGGCGAGCCAGAGGCUCUGGACAAUACCAUGGCUGAGGCAGCUGCUGCUACUACUUCGGCCAAUGCGCAAAACAAGAGACCAAACUUUUCACUGGCUGUGGCUAAUCCUAAUGGCGUGAACAAGAUCACGCAAAGCCUGGCCACUGGAAAACCUGGCACUGCCAAGAAACUUAUCAUCAAAAAUUUUAAAGAUAAACCAAAACUUCCUGAAAACUACCAAGAGGAAACAUGGGAGAAGCUCAGAGAGGCAGUAGUUGCUAUACAAACCAGUAAAAGCAUACGUUAUUCCCUGGAAGAACUUUACAAAGCUGUGGAGAACAUGUGUAGUCAUAAAAUGGCAUCUACUCUCUACAGCAAUUUGACAGUCCUGGUGGAAACUCAUGUCAAGGCCAACAUAGAGCAAUUUAUAGCUGAAUCUAUGGACCGACACAUUUUUCUGAAAAAAAUGAACGAAUGCUGGCAGUCCCACUGCAGGCAGAUGAUCAUGAUUAGAAGUAUAUUUCUUUACCUAGAUAGAACCUAUGUUCUACAGAAUCCUAGCAUCUCCUCUAUAUGGGAUAUGGGUCUCUAUCUAUUCAGAUUGCACAUAGUGUUAAAUAACCUGGUGCAGACGCGCACAGUUGAGGGGCUACUAAUGCUGAUCGAGAAGGAGCGUCAGGGCGACACCGUCGAUCGCACUCUGCUCAAGUCGUUAUUGCGCAUGCUGUCCGAUUUGCAGAUAUAUCAGGACGCGUUUGAGUCCAAGUUCCUUGUAGCCACCGAGAGGCUCUAUGCCGCCGAGGGUCAGAGACUCAUGCAAGAACACGACGUACCCGAGUACCUCGCUCACGUCGACAAGCGUUUGCAAGAAGAGAACGAGAGACUGCUUCAUUAUCUUGAUACCUCCACAAAGUGGUCCUUAAUACACACAGUGGAGAAGCAAUUGUUAUCUGAGCACAUUACCAGCAUUUUGCAAAAGGGUCUCAGUGGAUUACUAGAUGAGAACAGAAUCAGCGAUUUGUCCUUGCUUUAUAACUUGUACAGUCGUAUAAAAAAUGGUUUGGUGGAGCUUUGCUUGAAUUUCAACAGUUACAUAAAGAAACGAGGCAAAACUAUAGUCAUAGAUCCAGAAAAGGACAAGACCAUGGUUCAGGAGCUUCUAGAUUUUAAGGACAAAAUGGAUAAUAUUGUCAACACGUGCUUUCACAGGAACGAAAAGUUUGGCAACAGCUUGAAGGAGGCUUUUGAGGCUUUUAUUAACCAGAGAGCUAACAAACCAGCUGAACUUAUAGCCAAAUUCGUGGAUUGCAAGCUUCGUGCUGGUAACAAAGAGGCGACAGAGGAGGAGCUAGAACGACUGCUCGACAAAAUCAUGGUCUUAUUCCGCUUCAUUCAUGGCAAGGAUGUGUUUGAAGCCUUCUACAAGAAAGAUUUGGCGAAACGACUGCUCGUUGGUAAAUCGGCUUCGGUCGACGCUGAGAAGUCCAUGUUGUCCAAAUUGAAACAAGAAUGUGGUGGUGGUUUCACUAGCAAGCUGGAGGGUAUGUUCAAAGAUAUGGAACUGAGCAAGGACAUCAACAUCGCGUUCAAGCAGUACUCGGGUAAUCUGCAAAAUGAGCUAAUUGCUAGCAAUCUUGAUCUCACUGUAUCGAUACUGACGAUGGGUUACUGGCCAACUUAUCCGGUGAUGGAGGUAACGCUGCCACCCGAAAUGGUUCAGUAUCAGGAUAUUUUCAACAAGUUUUAUCUAGGCAAGCACAGUGGCAGGAAGCUACAAUGGCAACCGACCCUUGGACACUGUGUUCUGAAGGCAUGGUUCAAUCAGGGUAACAAAGAGUUGCAAGUUUCGUUGUUCCAAGCUCUGGUACUGAUUCUUUUUAACGAGGCAGAUAAUAUGUCAUUUGAGGAAGUCAAGGCAGCGACAAAUAUCGAGGAUGGUGAGCUAAGGCGAACCCUACAAUCACUGGCCUGCGGUAAAGCUCGCGUACUUCAGAAAAAUCCAAAAGGUCGCGAUGUUGCUGAUAACGACAGAUUCGUCUUUAAUGCCGAGUUUACCAACAAACUUUUUAGAAUAAAGAUCAACCAGAUACAGAUGAAGGAAACGAAUGAGGAACAGAAAGCUACGGAAGAAAGAGUGUACCAAGACAGACAGUACCAGAUUGAUGCAGCAAUAGUUAGAAUUAUGAAAAUGAGGAAAACUCUGACGCAUAAUCUUCUUAUAAGUGAAUUGUACAAUCAACUCAAAUUUCCUGUAAAGCCUGCUGAUCUGAAGAAACGAAUAGAAUCUCUGAUUGAUAGAGACUACAUGGAAAGAGACUGGGACAAUGCCAAUCAGUACAACUACGUCGCGUAACGUCGCAGCCAAGUUGCGUCUCACUGGAUUGUGAUGAGAGAUUUUAGCAAGAAAAAAACAAAAAUUGUGGCCGUACAGAGAAAUGAACGAACUUAUUAUAGUGGAGUUUGUGAGCGUUCGCGUGCUGUAUACAGAUUAAAAAAUACAAGUAGAACAGCAUAAAUACGUUCGAUAACGCGCAAUACUUCAUUAAGAGCGUCGCACUUUUUAUCAGCAGAUACUGUUUCUUAAACCUCUCCGAGCUUUAAUCAGUCCAAUGGCGUUCGCUUUAUUUGUUAGCGCCAACUAUGAAAACUAUCUGAUCGUUUCAAUAGAUUAUGAGAAAAGGGCUCAACAUGUUAGCUGUUAUCUUUGGAAGAAAUGAUUCUGGAGUCUUCUUUUACCGACACUCUGAUCUCUACGAUCCAAUAGAACGAUUAUUAUCUUGUUUACUUUCUUUUUUUUUAUUGUGCAUUUGACGUUAUUGAUUUUUAGAUGACAAGUCAAAGGGCAUUCAAUAAUGCAGGCCAUAAUGAAAAGUUGCGAUUUUUCUACUUACGAGCAGGUCGUAAGUUUAAUUUUGAAAAUAAUUAGAUAAAUUUAAAAAUACAUUGAAUAAUUCUCAUUAAGUCGAAAAUGUACCAGUUGUCGGGAAAUCAGGUGACGGAUAAAUAUUCGAGAAGUCUCUAGAAUGCUACGCGUUUUUUUACAUAUAAUAAAAAUAUCAAUAACAGAAAAAGUUCUUGGCACUCGAAUAAAUUACUACGAAUGCUUUUUCUUCCAGUCGAAGAAUGUUCUUGGAAAUACGUAUAGCAAGUUGAAUGAAUUUUGUUUGCCUUGGUCGACAUUGAGAGAUAAAUGAAGCUAUACCGUACAAGAACUAAGAGAGUAAAAAGAGGCUUUGCACAUCGUUUAAAACGCUUUUACGUAAAGCCUCACAAAAUACAUAUAGAGUAAUCGAUUCUUUUUCCUUAGUAGAUAACUUGAUCAAGAACAAAAAUGUAUUUAUCUUCUGUACAAAAAACUAACCUGGCUCGUCGAUUUUCUCGGACUCUCAGAUUUUUCAAUUUUGGUUUACAAGGCUGUGCCGUGUAAAUUAUUUUAAUUAUUUGUAUAAACAAAAUUGAGAGAAAAAAAUCGUUCGGCAAUGAUUGUAGUACAUCGAAUUUCGAUGUCAAUUAGUAGCACCUUAUUUUCUUGAUCUUAAUCUGUAACUUUUUUAAGCGAAUCAUAUUAUUUAAAAACUAAAGAUAAAAAAAGACUUGUAUAGAAUAAUAUAUCCAGUGGUUUUUUUGCGGAUAAUCUUAUUCAGAUAGUGAAGGAAAAAAAAGAAAGAUAAUGAUUCAAGAAGCGCUAAAUUCAUUUUUAAAUAUUUAAAGCUUGUGAGAAAUUAUAGGUUUUUCACACAUGAUUGUAAAAAAUGCGAUGAUUGCUUUAAUUCUAGGCUGUUUGGCUGGCCUUUACAAAUAUCUAUUGCUUUGAAGUACUUGAUACAACUAGAUCAAGUCAGGUUCAAACUGAGGGUAAAUAAAUUUUUUUAAACUGCCACUCGGUAGGGCUACCUUUUUUAAAUGGGUAAGCCAGCCAAAAUACAGAUUACGCGAUUACGACAUGAUAUUUCAUAUAAUACAUAAUGCCAGGAUUAUCGUCAUGAAUCGGAAGUAAAACAAAAACGUACGCUACGAAAAUUAUUUUUAUGUAACAGAUUCAUAGGAUGUUUGUCGAAGUUGUAAAUAGUAACAGGUACUUGUAAUAAAAUACAUACUAUACAUA